AUGAGAUCAACGCUUGACAGCAAGCAGACUCUGCAAUACUCAGCUCUCAUAUCACAACUUGCUGCGAAGGCACGCAGCGUGGUCCGAGAGUUGGAUCCUCAGAACGACCUGACGUUUCUCAGGAUUCGGUCCAAGAAGCAUGAGAUCAUGGUUGCGCCGGAUCGAGUCGCCAACUUACGAUCCUUCUUGAGGGACUGCUCUCUGGCUUGUGGAACUGUAGCAGACCAAAUUUGA